AUGUCGCGCGAACGCGCGCUGACAGACCCCGCUACACGCGCGGGCAUGGGCGAGCGGCGCACGUCGUCGCGCGCGCCGAUGCCGUUCGGGUACAGCGCGGCGUAUGCGAGCAGCGCGGCGAGCGUCGCGAGCACCGGGCAGCGGAGGGAGGAGAGCCGGGAGCGGCGGAGGGGCACGCGCCCGCCGAGUUUCGCGCUUCGGCCGGGCGUGCGUCCGAACAGCUUCGUGGUGCCGCAUGGGGGGUACUUCCCGCCGCCUGGGCCGUACUACCACCCGAAUGGGAGCCAGAGCGCUGGAGGGAGCCCGAGAGGAAGCGUGAAGGACCUGACGGCGGCGGCGAACGAUGGCCGCAGUAGCCCCAAUGGGUCGCCGAUGCAGAGUGAGAGGCGGCGGUCGCGCCCUCCGAGCUUUGCGCUGCCGUCGGGGGUGAGGCCGUCGAGCUAUGGGAUGACGGUGCCGGGGCCGUGGCAGAGCGGGGGGUAUGCGUUGCCGCCGUUCGCGCAGGGCUUGCCGCCGCCUGAGAUGGUGCCGUAUUUCCCGCAGGAAGGCGCGGAGGGGAUGCCCCCGCCACAUUGGGAGGGGUGGCAGCAGUAUCAGCAACAGUAUCAGCAGCAUUAUCAGCAGCAGAUGAUGCAAGCGCAGGGCUCGCCGCAGAUGGUACCGCCGCAAAGACAGGGCUCACCGUUGCAGAGACAGGGAUCGCCGGGGCUGGGACAGGUGCAGGGGAAUUUGGGAAAAGAGAUGAUUGCUGGCGAGCAGCAGAAUGGCGGUGGGAUCCCGGCGUCGCUCAGCAGGAAUGGAAGCGCGCAUAAUUCGCCGUUGCGGGCGACAAUACAUUCGCUGGAUGGUGGUGAGCAGAUGAGGGAGGGGGGGAGGGGGGGCUUGCCGUCGAUGCCGCCUGCUGCUGUGAUGUUUGACGAUGCGAGGGCGGGGACGCCACCGAUGGUGGGCGUGCCGUCGGCGGAGGAGGCGAGUGUGCAUGCGCACAAGCCGUCGCGCGCAUAUGGUGGUCCUCCGCUGUCUCCGUCUGCGUAUGCGUAUGGGCCCGCGUUGUCUUCACCAUGCGUAUCUCUCCCGACGCGCUCUCUCUGGCCCACUGCGAGCCGUUUACUCCGCUUGCUGCACAUUCCAUUCGCCGCCCAAUC